AUGAAGAUGACAGUGAAGACUCUCGAGGGCAUCCACUUCGAGAUCCGGGUGCAGCACCAUGACACCAUUAUGGCUGUCAAGACGAAGAUUGAAGAGAUCAAAGGAAAGGAUAGCUAUCCACGGGGUCAACAAAUGCUCAUUUACAAGGGCGAGGUGUUGAAGGAUGAAAGCACACUGGACAAGAAUCAAGUUACUGAAGAUAAGUUCCUGAUCGUCAUGCUUUGUAAGAGUAAAGCUUUAGCUUCCAGUGGAACUUCAUCUGCUAAGCCUUUGAGCACUCCUGUAUCCAGGCAAGCGCCUCCAAUUGCUCAACCUCAAGCUUCUCAAUCCAUGGUCUCAACAACUACAACUGCUCAACCUGAAAUACCAAAUGCAGAGUAUGUUCCAUGUCUGCCUACUGAUAUAUCUUUACAUCAUGCAGUUGGAAUCAGGCCAACCCGUCGCGCUGUUUUGUUGCCUCCCCGGCGGUCCAAGGCAUGCAUCAACAAGCAGAAGGCCGACCUCCUAAAACCCUAG